AUGAGCUCUUAACUGUGUGAAGUUUCCUGUCGGAGUUUUGCUUCCUGGAUUUUUUUCUCCCCAAACCCAAAAUGACUUCGGAGCGCCAAUUUGCUAAACUCAAGAGGGUGAGUGGAGUUGGCAUGACAUGGCCAACAGCCAAACAAGUCCGAGAAAGCGUUCAGUUGGCUGUUAAAGAAAGUAGAGUUCUGGCAAAACCGAAACUUGUUGAACCUCUAGAUUACGAGAAUGUCAUUGUACAAAAGAAAACCCUUAUGCACAGUGAUUUACAAAGGGAUAUGUUAUUUUUCCCUCAUGAUGAUGUAGCUGUGGUGAAAGUCCCAAGGCAGCUCAGAACGGUGAGGUCAACAGUGCCUGCAAAUGCCGACCAGGAGGCAACCAACUUGUUUGUUAAAGAGUGUAUAAAGAGUUACAACUCCGAUUGGUAUGUGGUUAAAAAGAAAUAUGACGCCUACAGCGGACAUUACAUGCAACUGCCAAAUGUUGAGAAAAUUGAUAGUCUACCAGAGCAAGUAUAUGAAAUUGAUCAAUCUGAUGACAAGGCAGAGGAAGAAGAUACAUUAUUGUCACCUCGCGGAGGAAUCGAGAAAAAAGGAGUCCUUUUCAAAGCUCCAUUUGGUAGUAAAAGCAAGAUACCAAUGAUGGAGGUGAGACAUUACUACAGAUAA